CCCACCCCUGAAUUGUGACAGCAGUUUAGCUGAAGAGUUUGAUGGUCACAGCGGUUCAUGUGCGACAUAAGCCCCUGCAGUACUCUCUUCCAGUUAUAGAGAAACAUUUGCACACGUGCUUUGUGACGUGCCGUGCGUAAAUAACGGAACUGCUUUCGGAUCACCAACAAACGCACUUGGGCUAACGUGAACCCAUCGAUGCUAACUACAUGUGGCUCACCGGCUGAGGAAGGGUUGUUAGCUUUAAAGUUAACGUUAACUGAUCCAGCUGCAGUGCAUUCAAUAUUGAAUCGUUUUUGGUGAUGUAGCUAGAAAAUGUAGUGUUUAAACCGAUCCAGAUGUCAUUUGGUCUGUGAGCAUGGAUGUGACGCAGAGUUCAACAGUAACGUUACCUAUUUUGAUGCGCGUUUAAGUGUGACAAGUUGACAGACUGUCUCGCCUUUCGUCGGUGACCUAUUUGAGCGGUGACGUCACUCCGUUAAUCUUUAAUUUCCGAGCACGCUGUUGUGCGCAUAAACAUCCAGUCGCGCCGGUUGGAAGCAGCUGGAUUAGAAGAAGUUCCCAUCUAAACUCAGCCGUCUGGCUCUACCGCUGAAAUGGGGUCUAAUGGAGACCUCAACGCAAACUCACAGUGUCUCAGCAGCACUGGGGACCUGGCCCUGGACAAAGCAGUCAGUCAGUGGAUGGCCUGGGAUAAGAAUCCUCAGACAUGGAAGCAGAUGGAGUCUCUGGUGCAAGAGGGCCGUGUGGUGGAGCUGAGGAGGAGGUUGUGCUCCAGGAUGACGUUUGGGACCGCUGGAUUGAGAGCGGAGAUGGGUGCAGGCUUUGCUUGCAUCAAUGACCUCACUGUCAUCCAGUCUACACAGGGAAUGUACAAGUACUUAGCCAAAUAUGUCCCUGACCUGAAAACAAGAGGGCUGGUGGUCGGUUUUGACACCCGUGCCCAAACAAUGAGUGGCUGCACUAGUGAACGACUUGCAAGGUUGACUGCGGCUGUUAUGCUUUGUAAAGAUGUUCCUGUCUAUCUAUUCUCUACAUAUGUGCCUACCCCAUUUGUGCCAUAUGCUGUGAUAAAGUAUGGAGCUGCAGCUGGAGUCAUGAUCACUGCAUCUCAUAACAGAAAAGAGGACAAUGGAUACAAGGUUUACUGGCACAAUGGUGCACAGAUCUCCUCUCCACAUGAUAAGGAGAUCUUGCGUUGCAUUGAGGAGAGUAGUGAACCCUGGCCUGAGUCCUGGAAUGAGGACCUAGUUGAAAGCAGCCUCUUACGGAGAGACCCACUGGAGGACGUCUGCCGCUGGUACAUGGAAGAGCUAAACACUAUCUGCUUCCACAGAGAGCUUAAUGCGAUGUCUCCCCUGAAGUUUGUGCACUCAUCUUUCCAUGGUGUUGGUCACAACUAUGUCCAGAGAGCCUUUGAGCAGUUUGGCUUUCCACCUCCCAUCCCUGUUCCAGAACAGAAGGAUCCAGAUCCAGAUUUUUCCACUGUGAGUUGUCCUAACCCAGAGGAAGGAGAAACAGUUUUGGAGCUUUCCCUUCGUUUGGCUGAGAGAGAAGAGGCCCGGAUUGUUGUGGCCACAGACCCUGAUGCUGAUCGCUUGGCUGUUGCAGAGCAGAAUGACAAUUGUGGUUGGAAAGUGUUCACGGGAAACGAGUUGGCUGCAUUGCUUGGCUGGUGGAUGUUGUUUAACUGGAAGGAAGCUCACCCUGACCCAGCAGAUACGGAGAGAGUAUACAUGCUGGCCACCGCCGUUUCUUCCAAAAUACUUAAAGCCUUUGCACGCAUAGAAGGCUUUAAUUUUGAGGAAACAUUGCCUGGCUUCAAAUGGAUUGGAAAUAGAAUCCACGAAUUAACAAAAUCAGGAAAAGAGGUCAUUUUUUCCUUUGAAGAAUCCAUUGGGUUUUUGUGUGGGAACAUGGUUCUGGAUAAGGAUGGAGUCAGCACAGCUGCUGUUGUGGCGGAGAUGGCUGCUUAUCUACACACCAAAAACCUGUCCUUGAAUCAACAACUAAUCAACAUCUAUGAAAUAUAUGGCUAUCACAUUUCCAGAACAUCCUAUGUCAUCUGCAAUGACCCACCAACUAUUCAUAAAAUAUUUAGUCGGCUGCGCAAUUUUGGGGGUCCAGGUGUUUACCCAGAAUCAUGUGGUGACUGCUGCAUCACACACAUCAGAGACGUGACCACUGGUUAUGACAGCAGUCAGCCUGACAAAAAAUGUAUUCUUCCAUUGUCAAGAAAUAGCCAAAUGGUCACAUUCACAUUUCAGAAUGGCAUUGUUGCAACACUUAGGACCAGCGGGACUGAGCCAAAGAUCAAGUGUUACACAGAAUUCUGUGCAGCACCAGGAGAACGUGAUAUCUCCAGUCUGGAGGACGUGUUGAGGAAUGUGACCACUGCUCUCGUAGAAGAAUUUCUAGAGCCUGACAAGAACAACCUGCUUCGCAGAUCAGUGUAGCUUAAUUGAAAUAGUGGUAAGAUCAUUUUCUUCAUGGGCAUCUUGUGUAAAACCAGUCCCAAAGGCCUGUCAGUGAACUGUUCUGUUAGUGUUGUUUUAUCACUGUGAAAUGAUUUGAAGCAUAAUCACCUUACGGCUCUCAAACAAAAAAGUAAACAUGACUGCUCAUUCAUUUUAGUGGUUUAUAUAUGACAAAAUAUUGUCAUGAUCAUUAUGCUCUUUUGCAGUUGAAUGUCUUGCUCAAAGAAAGAAAUCCUCAAGGCUUUAAUUUUAUUUGUUACAUUUUUUCUGGAGUGUCACAUUACUACUAUAAUGCCAGCUGUAUUAGGCCAAUUUUCUAUGGUUCAGUGUUAGCUGGUGUCCAGAUUUCAAUAUCUCUUAACGUAGACAAUAUGGUAGACAUGGCCUGCUGGUUUUUCUCCGAUGUUUUGCCGGGAGCUGCUGCUGCUACCUUUUAAAGCUCUAUGAGCAUGUGUAUUUGUUGUGCUCUCAUAAAUCUGUGUCCAUAUUGUAUUUAUAUUUCUCUCUGCUGAUGCUCACCGCUUUAUAUAGCGUCAUAUGCAUUGAUAAUCAUUAGGCAGGCAGGACGGCACCUUGUCGCUUCCUGUGUUUCUGUUGUCACGCUGAAUACGCACAGGGUAAUGAAUGGAAUGUAUUAUUUUUGAAGCUUUUGAUUUCUGCAGUGUUUGAUGGGCAUAUUUGACCUUUGUUGGUUAUAUACACAAUAAAUCAAAGGUUCAGUGUGCAAACAAAACAAGUAAGGCAUUGCAUUCUACCAAUACAUAGAGACAAGGAGAAGGAAGAUAAUCAUUCACUCUUUAGCCAUUUGUUACUCAAACACCCACAAGAAAAAAAAAAAUAGGGAUCCGUUCUUCACACCUUGCUUAAUAGAUCUGAGAUGAUUUAAAAGAUGCCAGAUUUUCUAAUUGUGAUAACUGAUCUCUGGUUAAUUUGGUUCUUCGAACGAAUUUACGGAUUUGAUUAAAAUAUCUGGAUAAAUAUGUUCAGCUCUCUCUCUCUCUCUGGACACGCGGCGGCACGGAUGACGCGGUUAUUUUAACAACAGAAACACACAGAGCAGCAAAAUUAUCAUUACUUUCACUAAAACAGCAGAAUGAAAACAAUGCUGCAAAUAUAGUUACUUUUCUUAGUAUCUAUUAUAUCUAUAACAUGUUCAAUCCAGAUGUGGCAAGACGUUUCUGAACUACAUUUAGCAACUGUUGGCUAAGAACAUUUCAAAAGAAUCAUGUAAUUGUAAUUGGGAAAUUAAUGUUUGAUGGCUAGGAUACAAAUUAAACUUUGAAACGGCUGGUUAUCUUUCUUUUCUGCUUAAGUUUGAGAAAAUUUUGAUUAUUGUAUAUAUUUUUAGUAGAUAAUGUUUUAAGUAUAACAUUAAAAUAGUAUAGAUUUCAGGAGGAAAAGCCUGAAAAGAAACUUUUAUUUUUUUGUCACAUGGCCUCGCAUUUAUCUAAAUGUAAAAAUUCAUUACAGGAUUUUUUUUUUUUUUUUUUGUCAGGAUCUCUGCUUGGAAGAAAUAUAGAGGCCGUGCCUCUUGGAACUUUAAUUGAAUACCCCCAAUUUAUUAAAAAAAUUAAUCAUUUAUUUGUAUGGUUUUGUUAUAUCGGUCACAUAUGUGUCAUGGUAGAUAGGACUCUAUUAUAGAAUCUGAUUACAGAAAAACAGUUUUGAGCAUGGUAAUGGAUUCAAACAAACCAGUAACAGACUGGGUGUACAUUAACCUUACAUCUGAACUCAGACCAAAGACUUCAGACUUGACUCGGACUCCAAGUUAAAGACUUGUGAACAUUUCUGCUUGAAACCAUCAGCAUCGAUUGGCUGAAGGCAAGACCGCAACGUAAUGGCAUCAUAUCAUUAAAAAAAAGACACCUAAUGGAAAGCUUGACCAAAUUAUGCACCUUUAUAAAGAAACAACCAAGUGAACAAAAGUAGUGUCAUAACAAAUAAAUGAAAUGUGCAGUGUUUAUUUCAUUUGUUAUUUGUUUUACAUGAUUAUGUCAGUGUUGUUAUUACAAUUUCAUUUAAUUUUAUCUUUGAAGCAGAUUUGUUAUGUGACGGCAUUUAUUACAAGUUUCUUAAGGGUCAAGAUAGUAAUCUGCAUGUCCUGCGCUCCAUCACUCUCUUAAUAACUGUCACCACUCCAAUUAAUGCACUACUCACACCAACUCUAUAGCAUGUGUGUAAGACUCCAAUUAUGAGGUAAUUAUUUCAUGUUGAAUAAAUAUUUCAGAGAGUAAAAUUUACAGAUUAUAGACUACAAAGCAUUUUAUUAUUUUCAAAUACAUUUUUUAUUAUUUUCAAUUAUUCUCAGUGGAUCAGUGUAAUAAAGUAGCAGUUGCUGGGACAAAUUUUAAGUAUCACUUAAAAAAAGAUGCAAUCUAAUCCUGUUUAUAUGGAACCAGCCUGCACCCGAGCAGGUUUAAGCUUACAGACCAGUUUGCUUUUGACAGCAACUCCGAGAUGAGCUUCGAAGAACCAACCAAUCCAAGAUCAUGCCAAAUCGUCAACCAUUUAAUCACGCUAACUGAGUUAACAGUGUACAAAGAAAGGGCCCCAGAUUUCUAUCAGUUCUCAAGCGCUUAUUCCUUGGUUUAGGUUUUAGUAUAGAUUUCAGCUCUUCCAAUUUAAUAUUUAUUAUUUUAUAUUAUUUAUUUGGUUGUUCUAUUACGUCCCCCCCCCCCCCCCCCAAUGAUUUAGAUUUACCUAUGUCUUAAUAUUGAAUUUGUGCCAUUAAUAUCCUGCUAUUUUGUUAUACUCUGUGUUUAAAAAAAUUCUUCAGUGUACUAUUGUUUGAUUUAAAGCUACUAUAUGAUCCUAUUCAUAUUCAAAUAAACAUUAAUAAAAAUCAA